GGCUGGAGAUACAGCUCGGUGACACAGUGCUGGCUUAACUGUAAAAACCCCCGGUUUAAUCAGCAGCAACGCAAGACUACUGUAAGAACUUUUUCAAAGUUACAGUGGAUCGCUAGUAUAGACAGUACGCAGUCAUUAAUCUCAGCUGCUGCAAACCCACCAGAGGGCGCUCGUUCUCCGUCGAUUUAAUCCCUAGCCGCUCAUUAGUGACAGAAAAGUCAAGUAAAAGUCGUCUUUCAGAGUCGGGGAGUCUUUCACUUUUAAUGCACAAAUGCUUCCCAAGAACUUACUUAGCAGCCGGUCGCGGGGGUACAGAGACAUAAAAUACAGUGGUGAGUUAGUCGUGAUUCCUACGAGAGGCGCGAAGUAUAGCAAAGACUAAAAGUAAACGCUAGCAACGAUUAAGAUGGAAGGAGUGCGUGCCUAGGACCCUGACGCUGGGGAUUUUGAUGGUGGCUCCUAGGGCUGGAAGCUCACAGUUCCUCAUUUAGAUCUGGACAGCUCCCACUCUACCUCUGGUGAGGAUCACCGCCCACCCAGGCGCGCUGUCAGUCACAGCUAGAGACCUCCCCUAGAAUGCCUCCAUUCUUCCAAUAGGCAAGCCCUCCUCACGCCUUUUCCAGAACAUUCUGCAAUCCUCGGUUCACUUCCGCCCCCCGGGCAACACUUAAUUUGUCCUCCAACCAAGGGAUUGCCUAGCACCACCAUCAGUAUCUGCCUGCCCUCGUUCUUUCCUGGCUUAAAAGCCGCGGGUUUUUCCUUUUGGACGUCUAGCUCGCCGUUCUGAUUCUCGCGACAGUCCCGAAACCUCGCGUGAAAUUCGCUUCCUGUCUCCUCGGAGUUUGGGAUUGUCUGUGUACAGCUCUCGUCCAAGUCGUCAGAACCCCUCUAGCAGAAGCAGCGUCUCUGCUGACUGAACGCUCCUUUGAGGAUGGCUCGGUCAAAGUCAGAACUGCAUGACGACCGUAGUGUAGCCCGUCGCAGUGGAGAGCGGAACCGCCGCGGGCGCACGCGCAGUCAGAACUUAUGACGCCUCCUGGGCGGGGCCUAUAUAAACCCCUCCUCUCCCUUGCCUCAAAGCUGGAUUUCCUCCUGCUCCUCCUCAUCCUAGGAUCUUGGAUUGCGGUUUUCUGGUAGCUGUUUGGGGGCCGGCAGGGGCGGGGCCUCCGGGGAUGCUUUGCUUCCUGCCCCAAGUCCAAAGUGCCACGGUGGCGUAGGUGGAGGUCUCCAGACUGAACAGUUUUGGCUCAGACAUGCUCGAAUUUGCAACCUGUAAUCCGGACCCCAGAGACACCCUACGGGGAGUCACCCGCCUGCUUCGCUGCGGCCGCUAGUCAGUUCCGACCUCUAAUCACCAGGCUCCUCUGCGGGUUCAAGCACCUGCCCUAUAGUGGGAGGGAGGUAGCCAGAUGUGGAUAGCAGCUGGAAACGGUUAUGUCUAGUCUGCGCCCCAGUGCCCGGAGGAAGCUGGCCCUGAGCCUGCCCUCCAGAAAUGUCCAUACUGUUGAAGUAAAUUUUACAUCGAGAAAAAUGUCUUAACUCUAGAUCUCCUUCCUUCUUUCUGUACUGCAGCUGUUUGCCUCUCUCCGGAACUAAAUCAGAUGAGACAGGACCUGGGGUUCAGCCAACAGUUUGAGCUCCUCGGCCAUUCCCACCCCUACUCUCUUCUCACAUCCUUGCUUUCUCAGCUGCGGCGUCUGGUUACGACGGCUGCUCUGUACACUCAUUGUGACUCUGGGCUAGGGUUGAAGUGAAAGGCCCAGGAGGGUCCUUGUGAGACUGGAUAAAAUUAUCGGCCUCAGGGCCUGGGAAGAAGGCGGGUGUUCAACAUCUAGGGGCGGGGAGAAGGGGCGGAGGAGCUUCUCUUUGAAUCUUAAGUCUGUGGGCAGCCAGCGAUCCCCCCGCAGAAGCAGAGGUGGCCUGUGGGUCUGGCUGGCCGUGCAUGCGACUCUUUUUGUUCCCCUCCCGGUCCUUUAGGAUUGGAAAUAACAGCUGAUAAGGGCCUAGUCCAAGGCACUAGGGUGCCACCUACGCGCUGAUGCCCCGAGUGUUCACAGGGCUUCCAGCUAACCAUGCUGCACCUUCCUUGGCGCUGCCUUUGCUACUAUUAUUGCUGAUGGUGCGAACCCAGCUACCGGUUAGCGCGCGGCCAUCCACAGGCCCUGAUUACCUGCGGAGAGGCUGGCUGCGGCUGCUAGCCGAGGGCGAGGGUUGUGCUCCCUGCCGGCCAGAAGAGUGCGCUGCGCCGCGGGGCUGCCUAGCAGGCCGGGUGCGGGAUGCGUGCGGCUGCUGCUGGGAAUGCGCCAACCUGGAGGGCCAGCUCUGCGAUCUGGACCCCAGCGCUAACUUCUACGGGCGCUGCGGCGAGCAGCUCGAGUGCAGGCUGGACGCGGGCGGUGACCUGAGCCGAGGAGAGGUGCCGGAGCCGCUGUGUGUCUGCCGCUCGCAGCGCCCGCUCUGUGGUUCGGACGGCCGUACCUACGCUCAGGUCUGCCGCCUGCAGGAGGUCGCCCGCGCUCGGCCGGACGCUAACCUCACUGUGGUGCAUCCGGGGCCCUGCGAAUCGGAGCCCCAGAUCCUGUCGCAGCCUCACAAUAUUUGGAACGUGACUGGACAGGAUGUGAUCUUUGGCUGUGAGGUGUUUGCCUACCCCAUGGCCUCGAUUGAGUGGAGGAAAGAUGGCUUGGACAUCCAGCUGCCGGGGGAUGACCCCCAUAUCUCUGUGCAGUUUAGGGGUGGACCUCAGAAGUUUGAGGUAACUGGCUGGCUACAGAUUCAGGCUUUGCGCCCUAGUGAUGAGGGCACCUAUCGCUGCCUUGCCCGGAAUGCUCUGGGCCAGGCUGAAGCCUCCGCUACUCUCACAGUGCUCACGCCGGACCAGCUGAAUGCCACAGGAUUCUCCCAGCUGCAAUCCCAGGGUUUGAUUCCUGAGGAGGAAGCAGAAGAUGAAGAGUUGGAAGAUUACUACUAGGUUCAGAUCUCUGGCUUGUGGGUGUGGGCGGGGUGGAUAUAGCACCCCACCCCUGCUGUGGAGAAGGUCUGGAGAAGACUGGAAGGGACGAGCAGGGUCCUUUCAUGGAUUGUUUAAUGCUUGUUGUAGCCUCAGUUCUCCUUUCCUCAAAACUCAUCUUCCAGAAGCUUCUGUGGUAGAGAUGAGCGCAGUGGAACUGAUUUAGUCCAGUAUAGGGAGAGAGGUGGGGUCAGCUCCAUGCCUUACACCUUCUAGGGGACAACUAGACACAGUGAGCACCAAUAAAGAAUUAGAAACGAA